AUGAAUGAAGUCAAACCAGUCGACGCGAAUAAAAACUUCUCGUCCUCUUAUUCUCCUUCUUGUCAAAUAACGACUCUUCGCAUCUCAGGCGAUAACGGCAAUCGUAUGCAAAAGGAGGAGGAGGAGGAAGAACAAAAGACGAUGGAAGAUCCUGUUGCUGUUGCUGUCGCUGUUGCUGUUGCCGUUGGAGAAUCAGAUUCAAAUUCCGCUACUGCUCAGGCCCAUGUUCCCGAACAACCACCUGCAGCAUCAGCAUCAGCAUCAUUCAGACAUCAACCAGAACCCUUUUGGGAAGAUUUAGAACCCUUUCAGCCAGUCACUGCCAAGGCGUAUUGGAGGACUAGUGAUUUGCCUUCUGCUUCUACUAACAGCAGUAGCAGCAGCAGCAGCAGCAGCACUCCAAUCAAAAACCACCCUCCAAGAGCCAUGUGGAAACGACCACUUCAUCCAGAUCCAAAGGCACCUGAAAACGAAUGGUUGCCGGAAAUGGAUGUUAUCUUGCAGCUCACCGACAUUCACAUGGAUAGCAAUGACACGUAUCAUUAUGCAAAGAAUGGUGGCCCCCUGCAUGGGAUUUGGGCUACCAUGACUACUACUAGCAGUAGCAGCAGUAGUUUUUUGGUCGAUCAAUAUGGGAAUGUACCACCUGCCAAUCUAAUCUUGUAUCCACCUGGAGUUCCGCCGCCAAGCAAUAAUGAUGAAACCAUUGUGGUACCAAGGGGCAAAUGGUCGCUUCCAGCUGGACGCAAAAUCGAAUGGCCGCCAUUGACCGACGAUGCCAAACUCUUGGUUCAAACUAUAUUUCCAGAAUGGCAGAUCAAUCAAAAUUCAUCGUGGGAGCCACAAACGGCCAAGGUGUUUACCAAAUCCAGAGCGGCGAGUGGGAGCAGCCAAAAAUAUUGUACGGUGGGAGUAUGGAAAUUCAUGAAUGAAAAGAACAAUCGCAUUUCAGACUCGGAUCUGUUGCCGGAAAUCCUAGUCGAGAUUCGUCCCCUACUGUCGUCAUUUGCCAGUAAGAAGUACGAUCAACGACAAUGGGAAGAAGCAUCGUCGGGCGUCUGGUGCACGAAUCCCAACUCACUUGCCAAUGACGAUGGUCAGUGGCAAGCCGAGGAUAUUUGGUUCCUUCCACCGCAUCAAACACCACCACCAGGAGUCUUACCUAGAGGCAAGUGGACAACCAUUCACCAAAAUGAGAGUUGGCCACCAUUGACGGAGCAAGCCAAACGCAGACGGCUGGGAAAUUUACCACAAUGGCCAGAAGUGGGAAAGGGCGAAGCAGUCAUAUUGCCAACAACGGCAACCGUUUAUUCCCAACUGGAUCCUAGAAGGCAAGACAAGGCGCCCAACUUGCAAGGCACUUGGAAGAUUGUGGAUUCUGAUUCUGAUUCUCAAAGUCUCUUUUGGGAUCCGCAAUAUGUUUUGGUAUAUCCACAACAAGAGCAAGUCUUGGAUGCUACAGUUCCUCAUGGACUAUGGGGAGUUCCUAUGAAUGCGACUCCAAAUGCGGACGGAUGUUGGGAUGCCAAGAAUGUAUGGUUCUUGCCACCAGGCACCAAGAAUCUUGAUAACUUUUGGUGUCGUGGGAAAUGGGUCUAUUCGCCCACCAAACGAAAUCCGACGUGGCCUCCGCCUCCCUCCAAGCAUGUUUUUGCGAACCUGCAAACGACCGAAAACAGUAAAAAUGUCUCCGAGGCGGCAUCAAGGAAUCAAAAGCAACGACAAGAGGCACCCAUUCAAGUUCCAAGGAAGCAAGACAAUAAUCCAUCUACAAGGAGUAUACCAGGAACCGAAAGAAGUACUAGCAGUGAAGAUAAAGUGGUACCAGUACCAGUGACAAAGAAACAAGACGACGAUUCAUCUAUUGAUCCAGCCGAACCUGGCUUCAGCCGUCCCAACUUCUUGUCACCCACCAAAGCUGCGGCGGCUGCCUUGCGCAAAAAGCGAGCGAUUGAACAGAGGUUUUCGAAACAUAGCAAUGCAUCGAGUACAACUUCGGCAGCCUUUGUCAAGAAGCCAACACUGGACCGACGAUAUUCCUCGACAUCUCACAAGGAAAUGUCCGAAGCCAUUCGCAAAUCUAGGGAGGACAGAGUACGAUACUCGUCCAAUGAGAUUCUUCGAUUAUCCGAAAACACCAAGAGCAUGCUGGAGGCUUCGUCGACACUGAUUGCGUCCAUGGUAUCAUCAAUGCCCCCUUCGCCGAUUGCGGAAUCGCCAAGUCCUGUCAUGGCCAAUAACCGCAAGGAGUCUAUUACAGUUCCAAAAGUCCAUUUAGUGGAGUCCCUGUUGGCCGAAGAGGGAACUUUGGUGGUAUUGUGCAAGGAAAUUCCAGAAACCCGAACCAUGGGUUUGGAUCAAGACAAUGCACUACUCUUGUGUUACGAUGUGCCGAAGUAUUCGAUUUUGUAUGUGGAAAAUGAUCUCUCUUUGGCCCAAGAGUUGUUGGAAAUCUCGCGCAAGUCCAUUUAUCCACAGUUCUUUUACGAACCAAAUGUCGAUUCUGACAGCGAUAGCGACAACGAGUCUGGUGGGGGUGGCGCUGAUACGAAGAACAAGGAAACGGAAACAGAAAAGUACGUGUACCUGGGUGGAUUGGCCACAGUUCGGGCCAUGUUGAUCGAACGAAUGUCCUUCCAAUAUCGCAUCCGGGAACAGCGUGAACGGCGAAAGUCCAGCAGCCGGCCGAUACGAGCACAGUCUCUCAACAUAUGA